ACUGAACCGACUGAAGUUCGGAAUAUAUAGAAAUAUCGGGCAAUGCGGGCGGUUAUACAAAGGGUUAGGGCCGCCAAAGUGACGGUGCUAGAUGAGCUGGUGUCCUCCAUUGGGCCAGGCCUGUGCGUGCUGGUGGGCAUAAAGGCCAGCGAUACCGCCACAGAUGUCGACUACCUGUAGGGUACGCAAGAUCCUGGCCCUGCGUUUAUUCGAAGAGGAGGGCAAGCGCUGGCAAAAGUCCGUCAAGGACUUGAGCCUGGAGAUUCUGUGCGUGUCGCAGUUCACACUAUACCACCGGCUGAAGGGUAACAAGCCGGAUUUCUCGGCGGCCAUGAAGGGCGAGGAGGCCCAGCAACUGUACAAUCAAUUCCUAGAGCGCCUGGGGCAGUCCUACGACAGCAGCAAGAUUAAAGAUGGCAAAUUCGGAGCCUACAUGCAGGUGCACAUAGAGAACGACGGACCCGUGACCAUCAAUCUGGAGUCACCGGAGCAGAAGCAACCCGGCGAGGCGGUGGACAAGUGAGGUCCAGAAAUAAAGGCAACGCUUUCAACUUUUA